AUGGACUUUCUGGAUGAGCAGUACAUUGAAAAUGUUCCGACUCCCGGGGCAGGCAAUGUUGUGAGCAGCGCAGGUUUGAAACCUCCUGUGGCAAGAUCGGGGCACUCUUCAGGGUCGGCGCAACUUUCGAGGAGUUCUAGUUUUCAGUGGGGUUUGGGUAAUAAUGUGUCGUCGCAACCUACUACAUCUGUCAACAUGGAUCAAACGAUUUGUCAGAUAUCAGCAACUCCGACCUCUUUAACGCCUGUUGUUACACCUAGCGUUACGCCCGCGGUCACACCUGACGUUGUAACCUCUAGUCCCUCGAUCUACAGAGCUGUAUUACUUGAGAGCCGAAUGAACGAUGCUGCAGAGAACGAAGCACAGGCGAAUUCCAGGGUGCUAGAUAAAGAUGAUGCAUUGAUGGAGUCUAUGUCUCAGAGUAUAUACUCGAACGUUGAUUCUGGGCGACGAAUAUUUCCCUUUGUCAGUGUUGAUAUACCAACAGUUUUCAUUAACAAGAAACCAUUGACUACAGAGGACCUUGAUUUGCGCUGUUGGGAUAAGAAUUUCUUCAUUUUAACGUCAGCGGGGAAACCAAUCUAUUCGAUGCACGGCAAGGACGAACAAAUUAUAUCAUUUAUGGGAAUAUUACAUACUGUAGUCAAUUACUUCCAACUGGAAAACUCCACCGAUAUCAGAAUGAUUGAGUCAGGGGAGCAAAAAUUCAUUUUCCUAGAUCGAUCUCCAAUUAUUUUGGUUGCCUAUUCAACGAGAGGUGAAACUUCAAAUGAAUUGAUCAGUCAGCUGGACUUUUUACAUUCGUAUCUUCUAUCAUCACUGAGUCAACGGCAAGUAUCUAGGAUAUUUGAUAAAAGAGAAAAUUUCGAUUUGAGAAAUUUUUUAGAAUCAACAGAUUUCGAAAACUUAGAUGAGAUUUGUUCCUUGAUUAGCGAGAAAUUUUAUCCUGAUGUUUUACUUGGUUCAUUACAAUGUUUGACUUUGAAUAGAUCAUAUAGAUCUCAACUUCAUGAAUGUAUGCUCCAGAAUUUAAUGAGAGAAUCAGAUUUACCUAGAGGUACUUUACUUUAUGGACUAAUCGUUGCACCAAAUAGUAAAUUAUGUUCAGUACUGCGACCAAGAGGCCAUACUUUACAUACGACUGAUCUUCAUCUACUGUUCUGUUUAAUUUUUCAUCAGUUUCAAAAUUUGAAUGAAAAUCAAGAACUAUGGGUCCCAAUUUGUUUCCCAAAAUUCAAUUCGAAUGGAUUUCUUUAUUGUUAUAUCAAAUUUCUGUCAUCACCAAAUUAUAAAAUUUCUUCGAAGAGUAGGCCCGUGUUGGUUUUGAUAAGUGCCCAGAAAGAUGCUUUUUAUCAAUUAAAAUUGCUAGGUGAUAAAUUGACCUCGUCAAUAACAUCAAAUGGAUUAUUAGAUAAAAUUUUUCAAGCUCAACCCGUAAGAAUUGGUGAUAUUCAGGCACCAUUGGUACAUCAUUUUUUGUACAAAUCAAAGAAGCAUGUUCAAUACGUUAUGCCACAAUUACAAUUUGCUGACAGAGAAUCUGAUUCAGUACAAGCGGAGGAAUACGAAAAGAAACUAAUGACCUAUUAUCAGCAGAUUCAUAACUCUGUUUUUUCUGAUGGUGGAAUUCCGUUCAAUAAAUCGAUAAUAAAUUUUUUCAACUGGGAAAGCUCAUUAGGACCCUUUGAAGAGCCAAACAAUAUUGGUUUAAUACAGGGUGAGAAAACUCAAAUGUUGGGACUGGCUUGGAUAACUCCAGGUUUUGAAUUAUAUCUUAUAUCAAAUAAUGGCGUAAACGAUAAAAGAAUACUUUUAAAAAGUGCUAAAAAGAUUAUAAGCUGGUGUAGAAAAAAUGAGGGCAAAAUAUUUGUUAAUGAAGGAGCUACGUUUUGA